AUGGCGGAGAUGGCGGGGAUCGAAGAAGGGUUUCCGUGGUUUUCUGCCGAUUUGAGAAUUUUGGAAGCUGAAUAUGAAAAAUCUAAGCUUCGGGUCUUUCAGGAUACGCUAUUGUGCAAGCGUUCUAUGGUAGAAUUGGAAUUGUUGAUAAAAAAUGAACGGCUUCAAAAGAAUGUUCGCGUCAACAAAAAGAUCAGAAAGCACGAAUCACAACUUCAGGUACCGUUUAUGAAACAUUUUAAUUUCCGAGGUCAUUUUGUUUUCGAUACCUACGAACGCUUUUUAAGAAGUCUCAUAUCUCCGAAUCACAACGGUUUUCGUAUUUUAAAGGUUAAAGCUAGUUGAUCUUUCCCAGUAGUAGGCCUUCUUGUAAAUUAUUUCUCUUUCAUCAGGAACAAUUGGAAGCUUUGUCAAUAGAAUUACAGAGCACAACCAAACAGCUACAAACUGCUCAAGAGACUUUGCAGGUACUAACAUAUAUUUCUUCAAUUAAUACCGGGUUUGUUUAUUAACAGCCUCCAUGACCCCAAAGGAAAUGUUCAUUCGAAUUCAUUUGGCCUGGUAAUCAGCUGGUAAUUACAAAUAGGAAGGUAGAGAAAUAGGGCGCGAUCCAUUCAAUCAAACUUUCCGGAAAUUUCGGUCCAAAACUCAAUGGAUCGGUUCGGUCCAACCGGAAAAGUUUCGAAAAAACAGGUCCACCUUUUGAGUUGGUCCUCUUUUCCCGGUCGGACCGGUCUGAAUGUUGGUUGAAUGGAUGGCGCCCAUAGUCUUCAUGUAAUAUAUCAAACAUGAGAUGCAGUGUUUCAUCACCAGAUGAAACACCGAGAAGAGAGUUGAAAAUACGACGCGCAGCGGAGUAUUUUUGACGAACUUCGAGGUGUUUCAUCUGGUGAUGAAACACUGUGUCGAAUGUUUGAUAUUUCUUCUCAAACAAAAUCAUUUUUGAAGGAGAAAUUAAGGAUGCAAAUACUAAGCAGUGUUUCAUCCGAUUUCCAAACACUCAUUAAACAUUAAUUUCCUUUGUAUUUUCUUAAUGAAUUAUUAAUGAGUUUGAGAAAUAUAGUUCCAGUAGUUCAGGCUUAGAUAUUUUCAAAAAAGCAAAUGUUUAAUACAAAGCAAUUGACGGAUGCACUGCCAGAUAAGAGUCCAUUAAUUAUUGUCCCAACAAUGUUCUCUUGCUUGCUCAUAGGCUGUUACGUUGAGGUUUAAGUAGUGCCAGGCGUGCGAAAGGUUGGGGUAAGGGGUAAGGUCAUUUUGGGUGUGAGAAAAUAAUUUCCCCUUCCCCUCCUCUUACAAACACAAGCCGCGCAUGUCUAAGUGGGUGUCAUGCAUAUGUCUACCGGGAUGUCUUUUAAUACAUAAAAAAUUGCUGAACUCUGUGAUCACUUCCCAGGAAAAAAAAAUGAAAAAAAGGGAAAAUGGUUUUAAAACUACGAAGAUUUAUUAAGCUCCCUGCUUCUAUUAAAGAAGCCUUCCUAUAGCUAGGUUUGCUCGCUUUUCUCUUUCUUAGUAUUUUUUUUUUGUAUUUCCCUAUUAAAAAUUUUUCUCAAGAAAUUUUUUAUUUGUACCAGUAAAGUUUUUCAAAAACGUUGCAAAAAAUCUCCUGAUGAUCCCGAAGUACUGAAACCCAACAGGGGACUUAGACUUUUUGUGAUUCCCAAUAGGAUGAAAAAGUUCAUCAAGAUUUGGAGAGAAAGAAACUGGAGGACAGGAUGAACUCCAAAAUGGAAAUGAGAAUAGAGAAACAAAGAGAAAGUGCAGUCCAAAGAGAGAAUUUACUUCAAAAAGAAAUCAAGAGCUGGCAGGUACAUAAUGCCAACAUCUUUUCAUGAGUGCUCACUGGCAAGGAGUAUGAUAAUAAACAAUAAAUAAUUCGUAAAUAAUUCCUCUGUACACAGUUAUGACUAGACGAUGUGAUGACAUUCACAAUCAGAAAGUCAACUUAGAGGUCGCCAAGAGAUCUUUUUAUUUUUUAUUGCGGUGUGAUGGAACUUAAUGGUCUUCUUUGCCAUAUCAAAUCAAAGGAAUGCUUCUUUGAUUUCUCAAGGGAAACUAAAGAUAAAAUACCUUUUCCUUAAUUAGUUGUUCAUUUUAUUUGUUGAUUUGUUUUUGUAUAUCGGCCCUGCAUAAUUUUCUUCGUUUGUUACCUUAUGUAUUUUAAUAACAAGACCCCCUUUGAUAUCAGUGCUUAUUACAGUGGGGAGGUUUUCCUGUAUUAUUAUUAUUAUUAUUAUAAUUAUUAAUGAUAAUAAUUAUAAUGAUAAAACUUUUUUAGGGUCUUGAGGGGAACAGCAAAUUUGUUGCCCCAGAAUCUCCGCCGAUUCGAGGUAGCAUGCAUGCUGGUUCAUUCUUGCUAGUUCGUGGAAAAUUUUGCCUGAACUUGCUCAAGUAAACCUGCUCGAAGGCUAAAUUCGAGGGAAACAAAAUUAACCAGUUUCCCAAAUAACCAGUCGUUCAGUCAUUGAGUGAUUGCUUUUCUACCUUUGUCAAAUUCACAUUGGAAGUAUAGAAUCUCAGCGUGCGGUCAACAUUCGUGGGUAACAGUGCUCCCCCUGACCACAUAGGUCAAUUAUGGGCUCCUGGUUCAAUAUAGUUCUCUUCCACUUUUGAAUUAAAAUGUUUUUUUUUUCUGUUCCUUUCAUAGGAGAAGCACCUGCAGACAUUCAAAGAAGUGGAGGAUCUCAGAAUGGAACUGGGCAGGAAGAACAAAGCGGUGAAGGUUCGAGUAUUUGAGCAAUUUUAUCGACAAUUGAUCACACGGUUUAAGUUUUUUGCUCAAUAUAUUGUUGAGUUUAUGAACACUGAGCAAUUUCAUGUUUUUUUUUUCCGUCAAAAUUAGAGCAAGGCUAUCCAAACGCGGGUAACCGUGGAAGAUGCCUCAACUAUGGCUCAAGUUGAUCUUCAAACUUGCGAUGUUGGAGUACAGGCCCUAGAAAUGAUUGGAGAUGUGCGAAAACCUGACGAUAAUGUGCACAGAAUCGCCGAAGAUGCCCGAACGAAUGACGGUCAUGUUUACAUGAUUGACGAAUGUGUCCGAAAGAAUUACGAAUAUACCCCAGAGAAUGGCGAAGAUGGCCGAAAAAUCUACAAAGAUCUCCAAGAGACAGACAAAGUGCGAAAUAGGGGUGAGGUUAUAAAGAGUAGAAUGGAUGAAUCUUUUAGGCGAAGAAAGAGAGUGCCAGAACCCGAAGAAAGAACAAACGAUAAACGGGAUGUGAAAAAUGCUCAACCAGCGAAAAAUAAAGGUAGACAAAACAAAAGAAAUGAAAAGAAGACGAAUAAGGGCGAAGAUGCGGCAAACGAGGUAAUAGCUAAGAAAAAGGAUGAAGAAAACCCGAAAGUCUCGCGAAAGAGGAAGCCCUUGAAAAUGGAGGCAGGAAUGGAUUCAAUCAACGCUAUGGUGGAAGAUAAUGAUAAGGAUGUGCGUAAACGAGCAAAGGCUGGCAGUGCGUGGUUGUUAUCGAGUACUUCACGAGAGGAAGAUAUCCCGCCUUUAGAGUACAGCAAGACUCCAGGCAGAUUGCGCAAAAAAUCAGAUGAAAGCAGCCAGAGUUGGGAGAAGAUAACGGAUAAGGAGGUCGUUGCAUAUUCAGGUGAGGAAAUAGCGGGAUUAGCUACAGAAACCAGCGCUUCAGAAAAAUCAAGCAAGUGCAGCUUUGGGAAGCUUUCUCAACUGACAGUUUGCAUUGAAGAUGUUGGCCCCAAACGAGGGUUAAAAGUUAAUGAAAACGGAGCCGAAGUGGAAGAAGUCAGUCAUAAAGAAAAUACAGAUGACGACAAAGAAUUGACUGAAGAAUCAUCCCGCCCUGCUUUGGAGAAAGACGAGGAAUGUUCCCUUGGUUUGAGGUAUCGCCAGAAACCAUUAGAAGGAAAACCGACCGGCCCAAGGAGAAAGAACGCGUUCGAGAUUGAAGAAAACCAAGACUCCAACAAGGUUCAAAAUAAGAAUAAAAAAGCGAGAAAAGUGAAAGAAAAGGGGGGAAAUAAAAAGAGAAAGGAAACCAAAAAGGUGAAGUCUGCCAAAGAGAAAGAUUGUGAGGAUACAAUCCCAGACGAAGAGAAGGGCGAAUAUGAAAAAACACGCGAUAAAGGUGGAAGAGCUCUAAGAAAACGAACCGCGCAGAAACGAAAUUGUGAUGUGGGAUUAGAUCCGUCUAUUAAAGGUCAAGUCGAAGAUAUCAAAACACUUGGCACCGAAACCAGACAAGAACCAGAUGAUAAGGGCACGAUAGCGACGAAAAAGAAUGACAAAAUGGAUGAAAGAUGUUUGAAGGGUCAUGAACCCGUUAUGUCGCAUAUGUCAUCGCCCCAAGCUAAGAAAUUAACUCGUGAACCUGAGCUGUCAUCGCAUGAAAUCGAUCCCCCUGUUGACGAAAACCCGGUCACGUCUUGCGAUACAUCUCAGCAACCGGAAACGGAAAUACAGGGAGGGCUGAAUGAGGAAAACAACAAAGUCGCCGAGGGCGAGCUUCUUAUGGAUUAUAACUCGGCCCAGGGGGGCUCGGAUAAAAGGGAUAAUCGGAUAAAGGAAGCUGGAAAAAAGACCAAGCGAGAUUAUUUCCACAAGGAAUUGGGAAAAAAGGAGUCAAGAAAGUCUCCCAUCGAUGGAAAAAACGAAAUAAACGCAGCGGAGAAAGAAAAGGAAAACCAGAACAUUGACCUUUGCUUGACAAAAUGUGAGGAUGCCAGACAGACAGGGAAGAAUUCAGAACAUGACAAUGCUAAUGUUUCAAAGGAAAAAGAUACGGAUGUGGUUAAUAAAGAUAGUAGUGAAAGUUCCACCAGAGAGAUAGUUCAAUCUCCUAUUUUUCCAGACACUUUUCAGUCGAAAAGAAAAGGUUCUAAACACCCCUGCGGAAAAACAAAGACAUUCUUAAAGGAAAAAGCACUGAAUGGUGAAGCAAGGGGAAAGAAAAGGUAUGAAAGACGUUCGUUUUAUGCGGGUAUUCAGUGUUUAAAUUUGGGGAAAAUUCGCGUUGAAAAAAGUUUCAAUGUUUUUUUUUUGCGUUGAUUGCCAUAAUUAACUGCGGUUAAGAAAAAUGUUCUAAAUCUGACAUUCCCAUAUGCAAAAUAAUAUUCACUAGACACAGGCUGUGCACCAUGUUAUACAUGACUCUAUAGCUCUCAUUCUAAGUGGUCACGCCAUAGAAUUUGGGCCUAAGGCUAAAACGUUACUAAACCACCUUAUACAUAAACAAAAACGGCACCUUAACCAUCAGUGGCUUUUCAUUAAAUAGUGACCCGUUUUUGGACUUUGUCCAGACUCUAAGUUUAGAAUAUACUCAAACGCUUGACAACAUGUGCACUGAGGUUAAUCGCGCUGUGGCUCUUUUAUUAGAAAAUAUGUGGUAGGUCCAUUGCAGUACAAUUUCUCCACCUGUCGGCUGUUACUACCUACCGAGUGGACGCCAGUAUGGCGGAAUAAGAACUGAUUAUCAAGAAAUAAAAAUGCCUACCUAAGUUGUUCAAUUACAUUCCGAGACAAACACUACUGUGAAAAACAACUAAGGACGACAUGGUUCAGUUUUGUUUGUAUUUUGUGUUACAAUGGAAUGGAAGGAAUGUUUUAGCCAUUCCAAAACAGAAUUCCUCGAUACCUAACGGGAACAUUUGCUUCUUGACAUUUUGUAAGUUAAUGAAAAUGCCUCGGCUCUUUGAGGAGAAAUUAAUCGGGACAGUAUAGACAAAUGAACAGAGAUAACAAUGAAUUUUAAUUUUAGAAAUACCCCAGAAGUCCCCAAAAGCUUUUUUCAGUGAAGUUGUAAAAUUGUUUUUCGUAUUAUUUUCACUGGAAGAUUCUUAACUUAAUAUUUUUUCGCGUUUUUGGAGGGCUUAUCAAACCGAUAAUUUUCCGUAUUUGUCAGUUGUAACAACGAUUAUAUUUUUACUUGUCAAUAUUUCUUAUUAGAUAUUUGUAAACUAUCCUCUUUAAUAACAGUUGUAAACUUGAAAACAACUGUAAGCAACCUUGGUUUGUUCCUUUGAUUCUUAGAAAACCUACUUCAAGCAUGAGCGAGGUGUUACCCCCAGCUGACCAACAGUCCUGCGGCUCAGAUGCCACUACCAGCACUGAAAUGUGCUCCAUGUUAGACAACACCAAAAAGCGUAAGACCUUAUUCAAUUCCCGUGAAAAUUCACUCAUGGUUCCUAACGCCAAGGUGCAGGUAAGUGAUAGGAUCUAAAUUGCACCGGUACAGUUUAUACGGUUGUGUUUUAGUUGGACCUAACAAGGUACCGUAGACUGCCCGUCCCCCACUUAUAAACCCCCGGGUUAUAGGCCCACCUACUUGUAAACAAAAAACUUCAUCCCAAUAUAAGCCCCCCCCCAAAUUCGAUUUAUUAUGACGUUUUGACCGUUAAGAUUUAAAAGCAGUAAAUGCAAAACGUAUUUGUUCUGGGUCUGGAAGGGUAUUCUCGGAAUUUGACCAAAAUACAGUGCGGGAUACGGGAUUUGACUGCUACUUGUGAAGCAGGAUUCGCCAAAGUUUGGGCAGAAGGAUGCGGGAUUGGGAAAAAAAUAUAUAUUCGGGACAGCGAUGACAGAAGUUCGGGAUGCGGGAUUCUGGUGAAAAAGGAGCGGGAAACACGGUAUCAGAGCCCCCCUUCCAGUCCCUUUUUGUUCCGCACUUCUAUAGCUUGAUUUGAAACGCCUUUCCUAUUUCGGUUAUUAGCCCCCUUGGAUAUAAGCCCCCCCGAAUAUAAGCCAUCAUCCCAAAACUCCUUAGGAAGAUUUUUAAGCCCAGGGCCUAUAAGCGACAGUUUACGGUAUUCGUUUUGUGUCGUUGCAGAAGCGGGACUCGGGUAUACUUAAGAGGUCCUCGUGAGAAGAGGUAGCCCUGAUAAGUUGUCCAAAACGUCUUCAGAUAAUAAUUGAUGUUGUAUAAUCUAACCAAGGAAUACUUAUUACGGAAAUGAGCUUAGUAAGGGGCUUUAUACAUUGAGGGAGGAAGAUCCUAGAAGGCGGAACAACGUUUCGUUGAAUUUACAUGCAGAAGUUUCAGUCCGUGCGGUUACCAGUAGAGCCGUGAAGAAAUUAAAGAACAAAGAUUACCCAAUGAACGACCGGCCGCCAUUUUUGUGUGGUUGGCCCUAGUAAUAGGAUCUUCCUUGAGAAAACAGUUUACACAGUGCUAGGAUCUUCCUACCUCUCAGCUACAGUAGGAAGACCCUAGUACUUGGAAGAUUCUAGUUCUAGGGACAAGUACAACUUUUUUAAUGUAAACGGAAUACAGAAAACAUAUGGCGCUAUAGGAUGAUCCACCUUCUAGGAUCUUCCUGGUGCUAGGAUCUCCCUCCUUGAUGUAAACAGCCCCUAAAACUCAUAAAGUGACCCGCGUUUUAAUUUUUUUUAUAAAGAAAGUUAACCAAUUUUUGGUCUUAUCAAAACAGAUGUCGUUUGCUAACACGACGCUCAGUUCCAAAAGCCGUACGAGUACAGGAAUCCCACCAUCCCUUUCGGCCUUCAUGAGGAGUUUCAUCGCUCCCAAACUGAAGAAGUCUCAUUGAAGAAAUGUUCGAGGACCAAAGGCAACAUUGCCGACUUUUCGGAGUUGUGCAGACAUCUUCAUUGCCUUGGCAUUCAAAUCAUCGUCGAUUACAAGAAGACUGAAGAGCACUUCACCUGCAAACCUGAGGAAACAGCCAACAUUCCGUGACGCCACCGCUAGUUUCCCGCGAAAUAACGAGUGCAGAAAUUCCAAACUGACGAUGCGACACUACCUAGAUCUGGGUAGUGCUUCUGGUUGGUCAUGCGGCGUGGGAAACCUGUUUCAACCAAUCAGAAGCACUACCCAGAUCUGGAUAGUGACACGUCUUCAGUAUGGAAUUUCUGCCCUCCUUUCUCAGACGUCAUUUCGUAGAGGGGACCAGUGGUGUCGUCGCGGUAUGUGGGCUGUUUUCUCAGGCUAUUCACGUGCAGAAUCUUCCUAUUCUGUGUUCAUUUCAGAAUCUUCAAAUUUGAGUCGACAAACGCAGGAAAGUCGCCAUAGUAGGGUGAAGAAGAUGUCUUGAAAAACAUUAGGUUAACACCCUUAGUCAUGAAGGAAACUCCAACACAUAAUUUGCGAUUGGUCAAAAGCGUUUAAUUAUGUAACUCAAUUACCAUAGUGAUGUAGAUGGGGAAUUGCCAGAAACCCUUUUUUAUUAAUACUACAGUAGAGCGUGGAAUUAAUUUUUGCGAUAGUUUUUGUUUGCAUUAGCUUGUUUAGUGUGGAUCGUAUAAAAAUCCGCGAAAAUUAGAACCCGCACAAAUUAAGCGUCACAUUGCAGCUGAUAAGCUUAAAAGUGUGAAUCCCGGAAGUACAUUGUUCAUUAAAGGUUCGCCAAUUUUAAAGACAUUCCGUGAUUUUGUAGGAUUAAGGGGAUAGGGGUUGUAAGUAGUGUAUAGGCGGACCUAGUUUAAC